AUGGCGCGCUGCAUGGCCACCACUCAGGAGGGCAAGGCGCCGCAGGAGCACGACCAGUACUUUGAGCAUCGGUUCUGGCGACUGCGCUUCGACACCAGGUACACGAACCUCGACCGAGAAUGCGCCGACCGAAUCCUCCUCCGUACUGCCGAGCUCCAGUCUUGGGGUGGAGAGACCUUCAAGAAUGCCAUGUUUGGAUCGGAUCCAACAUACCCGCAAGAUCAGAUUGGGCUGGACGCGGACUCGGACGGCAUCGUCGACAUCAUCGAGAUCGCGCAGUGGUCCUUGCCAAUGGAAGAUGCUUGGGUUGGCAUCGACCUGCAGCACAAGACCGAGCCCGAGUCCCGCGUUCUGCAACAGGGUUUCCUCUUCGAUGGAGACCUGGCAGUGUCGAUUCGCUGGACAGGCAACGUGAAUGACUUGGACCUUGCGGUGAUUGGUCCAGGAGCUGAGUAUUUGGAGAACAACCUCACCGACGGGGAGUACUACACUGUCAGCGACUACGGUGUCUACGCCGUCCAGUGCAACCCAGGAGACAACUGCCCUGCGCCGAUUCUGAGCACGAUGUUUGUGCUUGCGUUGACGGGGCUAUAUGACGUGCAGGUCUACAGGCGUUCCACCGCGUCCACACCCUGGGCAGACAUUCAACUCACAGCUACGGUGCGGCUUUGUGGCGAGGACAUGGAGUAUAGCGCGCUGCUACCUGCUGAUGAGCAUAACAGCACCAUCAUCACCGGCCUCCGUGUCCGGACCACUGGCUGCCACCGGAAAUUCCGAACCCUGGUCGACAACCUGCGGAAUUGGCAGAGCUCGGCUCGCUAUGGCUCGUCAGAACAGCGAAUGUGGUACAUGGCAGACACAGACGAGAUCCUUGGCAAGAAUCGUUGUGGCGAAGGCACGAUGGUUACCGACAGAAGGCAGGCCUUGGUGGCGGAUGAGUCUGGAGCGGACGCAGCUAGUGCAGGGCAUUUGGCUGGCAGGGCUCCCGGGACUGGGGGUGGCCACUAUGGCGGCUUGGCAUGCAAGAACCGUGCAGCGUCCGGCACGCAGCAGGAGGUGGGGACGGUCGUCAAUGUGGAUGACUACAAUGGCCAGACCUUCUACGUCUACAACGCAACGACUCAGUACUGCUACAAGGUCUCUGUUGGCCAGAUGGUAGAGGACCGAGCCGUGUGCGCUCGUUUGGUUGUGAGAUCAAAGGAAGAUAAGCUCUCAUCCGUGGCCGCAUGUGAUGCCACUGGCUUCGCACCAACAGCCUCUGCCAACUACUUCUUGAUCGGAACUUACGCUUCCACUACGGACAACAUGCAGUCUUAUGUGCAAGGCGUCAGCUGCAACUCCGGACAGCGCCACGCCACCCUCCGCACCGAGAUCGACGCCAGCCUGAGCUCCCUUGUGGUGACCGUCGGCGAGGUCGCAACGUGUGAGUACGAGGUGGUGCUGCAUGUGCCAUUGGAUGACGAAGCAUGGUGGAAUGUGCAAAGAGACAGCCAGGAUGCUUUCGAUGUGCCAGUGCCCAUUUCGUGCAUACAGGAAAGCCGAGGAAGCACCGUUUGGGUGGUCGCCAAGCCAGAGGGCAAGCGCCUGCGUCUUUGCGAGGUAGAGAUCUUCAGCGAGCCACUUCCCACGGUCACGCAGGUCAAGUUCGACUAUGGUGAUGCCGGAAACGAAACCACAGGUUCCCCUUGUGGGGCAAACAACAUCACCGUGGAGUUCUCCGACGACAACACGACCUGGCUUAAAGCAUGGGAUGCAUUCGCUGAUGGCUCUCGGGCGCAGUUAAUCCAAACAGCGCGCUGGAGCUGGUGGCAACGCCUGUUCGCCCUGCCAUUUCACGCCAACUUCAGCCAAACGCAAGCUCAGAACCUGACGAUCCCGAGUUUGCGGGAGAACUCAACCUACGACGUUCUGUGCUGGGCGACAGACGCACUGAACAACGACAUCAUGCAAAGCAUGGUGAUGCUGCCACUUCCCUGGGCCGACACGAGAUAUGAGGUGACCACGGAUCCUGUCCAAUUCCCUGGAGCUCGUCGUCUACAGGAGGACGAUGAGACCCUCAAGUGCUCUGGCUGGGUGCGUGAGCUGAUGCCCUGCGAGGAGGAGAUCGCCACCUCCGACAGACUGGACCCCAGCAUUGCACAGGCAAUCGUGGCGAGCAUCGAGUCAACGACUGAAGGUUUCUUGACGGGCACCACGGAGCGAGUUACCUGGCAAAUGGAACUCCGUGAUGGCAGUUGCAGCCAUCGUUUGGGUGGAGUUGCGACUUGCAUGGUGCGCUGCCACGUCGUCGAGGAGGACCUGUCGUGGCUGGUGCAAGCUCCAGGUGAAGCUUGUCACUAUCCCAGAUGCGCGCAGACGAGCUGGUCGAACGAGUACCCGGUGUAUCUGGUAUUUGGGCAGCUGCGGCCUGCGAAAGAAUACACCCUUCGCUGCCUGGUCAUGGAUCCAUGGGGCAACGCCAUUACAAGCGAUUUCAAGAUAUGGGUCCCCGGCCACACCACACAGUCAACAUCGAGCACACCGACCCCAACGACCCAAGCACCAACUCCACCUCCCACUACACGUCCACCAACCACAACAGCAGCACAAAACACCCCGCCGGUCGAUUAUUUCACCACGCGACCAGCAGCAACGACACAUCGUGGAGGUCAGACAGAGCCUCCCACCACACGUCCGCCACUUGUUUACACGACGUCGGCGACUCCAGCGCCACCCACAACGCCAACAACCGAGACGACCACAACUGAGCCUACAACCACUCAACCUCCCACAGUGCCCCCAUGGCUCGUGGAUUACACACCCACGGGCCCAGUGCGAACAGAGCUUUCGCUUAGCACUUCUUCAAGAGAAGAUGCUGAAGCCUUGACACUCCCGACGGCAACCAGAGCGUUGGUUUCUUCCCUGAGGCUGGCAUUAGGGCUCAGCCUCACCGACCAGCUCGUCAUUCUGGGCAUGGACGUGUAUUUUCAAGGUGAUGCGGGCGCCGGGCGCCGCCUGGCUGGGCAGUGGCUCGUGCGCGUGCGCUUCGAGGUGACAUCUUCAAGCCAGGCCCUCCUGCGGAGCAGCACUUCGUCAACUUUCCAACAGGAGCUUGAGCGGGAGCUGGUGUCUGGAGGUUCGAGCGUGGUGCCGACGGUCCAGGCGGCAAAGCCCCUCCAGGCCUUCGAGAUUGGCAGGCCGACCCAGUAUGUCGACCCGACCACAGAAGGGUCGCCAGCGCCGGCGACCACGGGUGGGGAGAUGACAUGGAUUGUUCCAGUAGCCAUCUCUGCUUUGGCUGCCUGUAUCUGCACUCUGGCGGCCGGCGUUGCAUAUGCCAUGUGCUACUUGCAGCCCGUUGAGCUUCA